CGUGGCGGCCAGUGUGAACCCCCUUCACUACAUCUCGUGUGUCAUUCUUCGAGGGGUCCGCAUUUUAGCUUCUAUCAAGGCAAGGAGAGCAGCAACAGAGAAGAUGUACAGGAGACGAGGCAGGGUAUGCUCGACAACCCUGCUGGGGAUGUUCAUGUGGGCAACUAUCAUCACUGCCAGCGCAACCAUCACUGCAGUGGAUUUUGACACUCCUCACAUGGCCCUUCCAGGUCUACCUUCUAUUGAAGACUUGAUGGACUCUGUGCCGGAUCAACCCUUCGAGACGCUGGCAGAUGUUGAUGCCUUCAUGACUUCCCUCAUGGACUUGGCAGACCUGUACCUUGAGAAAGCUUUCACAGCCCACACCCACAGAUACAAGAGAGCUCUUGAUGUGACAUCCGUGACAGUUACUGGGACCCAGAUAUAUAACUUCAAUUUUUUCAACCCAACUGAAUUUAAUGCCGCCUCCCUGGAGAGAGUGAGUGGACGUCAGCUACUCGCAACACCAGAAAAAGUAUACUGGAUUUUGGGUUAUCCAAGGAGUGGAUGGCAGUCUGUUAUAGAAAUGUCCAGACUAGAUUACAGAAUAAAGCUUUUGGCAAAGUUUCGGUUGGAGAGUAUCGCCAUUGACAAGAUAGACAGGAUUACGGGUGGUUUCAACAUGGGGUUAAUGUGGAUGGCACUUGGGUCAGCAUCCAGCAGUCUAGUGACCAUAGCCUGUGUUAACAUGAAGACAGGCCGCUGGGUCAUCACUCAGGAGAUUACUGUCCAAGGGGAGCUGAGAGCACUUAACAUGUUCAUGGUCAACAAGCAACUGUUUCUGGCCGUGGGAGCCCAGGCCAACUUUGUAGUCGAUUCUGAUGUUGUGUUGUACGUGCUGAUUGACAACUAUUUUGACCGUCGAGAUGAUGUACAGUUAAAGAUGAAGGGUGUACAAGACAUUACUGGCUUCACAGACAGCAAGAGCUUCUAUUACUUAGUGUUUGGUUCUGGGCCUCAGGAAGGUGGUUUGCAAGUGUAUCAGUUUGACAUGCUGGUAGACUCCAUUAGCCUCAUUCAAGUGCUCCCUGACAAUGUCAUGCAAAUGCUACACUUUGUUGACUAUCAUGAUGGCACAAACUACAUUCUUAUAAUCGACACCAAUGCCUUCACAAAGAUUUACCGAUGGUCCAAUCAGCAGCUUAAGGAGUGGCAGACAUUACAGACUGAAGGGGGCUUUGGGCCUUGCUGCUCUGUGGGCUUCUUGACACUGGAGAACUUGGAGAACUUGAUAUUCAUCAGCCAAGGAGGAAAGAUUACCCUCUACUCGGAUGACAUGACUGGCCAUUACUUCCCUACAUUUACAAUCGACACUGGGUGCCACACAGUUCAGGAUCUACGAGGGAUGAAGAUGGGUCCAGACUAUGUUAUCACCUAUAUCUGCCUUGGUGUGGAUGGUACUGCUAUCAGCCUUCAAGCCAGAAGCCUGAUCUUGGAAGAACUGAAACUAGCUGAAUUGGAGACAACAGCAGAUGACCUUCUACAUUGCCUGGAUAAAGCUGACAUGCUCUUAGAUAGUAGGAAACCCAACAUAACAUACCUUGCGGAUCUGACUAUUUCUGGAUCCAUGAUGACUGUUAAUGGGCCACAGACAUGGACUGGAUUAGUGACGUUCAGCAGGGGUCUCACUGUUACCGGAACCACCACUUUCAACAACAGAGUUGACAUUAAGCCCUCUGGCAACAUUGUACCAACUUCUGGAUCACUGGCAAAGUUGUUUUCAGACAUAGAUGACUUAAAGUCCUCUGUAGAAGACCUGGCUGAAGAUUUAGAUAACCUCUUGUACCACUCGGGUGAUCAAACCAUAAACGGCCCUAUCACUGCCUCCACUCUUACAGCUGACAAAUUAGAAAUAGAUGUUUUGCAGAUACAGAAGGUGAAUGGCAUCCCAUUGACAUCCUUUGUGGAAGUGUUUAUGAUAGAUGGCCUUGACCAGACCAUUACAUCUGAAUUUGCUGUGACUAAGAUAACGGCGGACUCCUUCACCACACGCAAUCAGUUUCCGACGGGCACAAUCAAUGGCAUACGUACAAAUGAGUAUAUGAGGAAGAGUGUCGGUGAACAAAAAGUGACAGGAGAUCACAAAUAUACCUCCAUAGUAUCUGGUAAUAUCAUACAUGCAGUGGAUGAGAGAAGACCCAUCUUGUUCAAUGGGAUCGACUCUUCAACAAUAGUCAGAAAAGGAAAAAACGUCACCUUCCAUGAUCAUAAGGACUUCAAUAACCUGAUAAUUGUUGGACAUGCAAAUGCUGGUCUUCUGAAUAAUGUGGACAUGAGCAGACUGACCAGCAGAGUGGUGUACACUGAUACAACACAGCAGCAGACACUGUCUGGAGUCUACUCUCUAGCCUCUGUACAAGUGGAUGGUAAUAUUGAUGUUUCCAACAUCAAUGGUGUCAACUUAAGGAACCUAGAGUCAACUGUUGUUAAAUCUACUGGAGAUUUCACCUUACAAGGUCCUGUGAUGUACACGGAGAGUUUGACUGUGGCUGGGAACCUCUUGGCCACCACCAUCAAUGGUGUGGAGUGGGAUGACCUCUUGGAUCUAGAUUCUCCAAACCUUGUCUCGACAAAUUACUACUUUGUUAAUGCAGUUGUAACCGAUGUAGUUAGGAGCAAUAACAUCAAUGGACUGGAUCUGAGUGAGGACGUGGUGGUGGUUGAUACACAGCAGAGUAUCACAGGUCGUGUAACAUUCAUGACUGAUGUGGAGGUGACCGGGGCAAGAGGUGUGGUGAUGGAAGAUGGAGGUACAGUCAAUGGCAUAGACCCCUCACAGCUGUAUCUCAAAACAGACAGCCUGGUCAACCUUAUCAUUGAUGAAGAAGUUCACUUAAAUGGUCCACUAAAAUGUACUGGUGAUGUCGUGGCUACAACUGUAAAUGGUCUAGUAUUGGAUGCUAUAGAAGACCGCUACUGGAGGCGCUCUGUGAACCAGAAUAUUGGAGUCGGACUCCACAUUAAUCGGGCAGAAUUCCGUGGUCCAGUGACUGGUAUUACUAUUAAUGGCAAUAAUAUGGCUGACUUUCUUCACACGUCUGGGUUCCAAUACAUCAUUGGUCAUUACACCUUUAAGGGGCCAGUUGUCGUGGAGGGUAACCUGGAAAUGGAAGCUUACAAAACAGUGGACGGAGUGGAUGUAUCCGAGCUGGACAAGAAUGUAGUGAAGUUGUUUGGUGAAGAAACCAUUGAAGGAUUUAUUAAUUUCAGUGGCUCGAUUAUGGUUGUUGGCGACUUGGUGUUAACUGGCCUCUUGAAUGGACUGCGUAUACCUUCGGACCUCAUGUUACUGGAUCACGCGCUCUCCCAUACUGGUCAUCUGGUGUUCCGCAAUGAUGUUGUAGUAACCGGUAUAACCUUAUCCAGUAACCUGAUGGUGGACACUAUUAAUGGCAUGGAUGUUGAAGCAGCAGCAUCACAACUAGUUCUAGAUGAUGAGAAUUCCACUGUCAUUGGUGAUCUCCAGUUUACUGGAGAUGUUAAUGUUCAGUACCUGGGUGUCAGUGGCACUGUGGAUGGAAUUAACUUGAAUUCUGUAGUAGAGCGAGCCCUCAAGAAGUCCUCUGUAAAUCAAGUGGUGACUGGACGCAUCACAGUGAAGAGCGUCCACUUCAGCCAGGGACCUGCGCUUAACAUGGUCAACAACAAUGACUGGACUGCACAUCUAACAAAUGUGGUUCUGCAAGAUUACAAUGGUAUUAUCAGAGGUGUCAAGACAUUCCAUCAGGCUCUAAAAAUUGGGGGAAACUUUGAUCCAGUAACAAUAAAUGGCAUCAAUGUUGCCGACUUGGCUCGGCGCAUCCUCAGCAGGUCAACUGAACAGACUGUGUUUAGCCAUUACACCUUCAGCAACAGUGUCAAUGCAAUUGAUGUGUCAGCUGACAUCAUAGAUGGCAUUGAUGUGACUGACCUCUUGCUGAUAAAUGAAGUUGGGUACGUGGGAGGCACGGUCACAUUCGCUAACAAUGUAACCUUCCUUGGAGGACUCAACAGUACUACAGGAGUCUUGGAUGGCUGUGAUGUACUUAAGGCAAAUGAACAUGCAAUAUGGAAAAGUGAGAAAGGUGGUACGAGCCUGAACUUACCAGUGGUGAUUGGGAAAUUGACAAUAACUGGCAGUGCAACCGCCAGUGGAUCCAUCCUUGCCGAUUCCAUUAAUAUGGAUAUAAUGCACUUCCUCGCCACACUCGUCCUGAAAUCAUCUGAUCAGGAAAUUACUGGGGAAGUAGAGUUCCUUCGUGAUGUAGACAUACAGCAACUUCAUGUGGAAAUGAUCGAUGGUGUGGACAUUGAUGCACUUUUCAGGCUGUCUGUCCUCGACAAUGUAGACACGGUAAUAAAGUGCAACUUGGACUUCACGAAGACAUUAUCAGUGGGUAGCCUGACGGUGAUAACAGCCUUGUCUGGUAUUGGUGGUACUGGAGGAGUGCUGGUGAAUGGGGUAGAUGUGUCUGAUAUAGCAGCUAGAGCAGUCCUGGCUACAGGUGGGACCUUCAUCAUCACAGGCCGCAAGACCUUCAUCCAUGGCUUCCACACACACCAUCUUGUGGUGACUGGAUUUCUGGGUGGAGUGCGGGUGUCAGACUUGGUGGUGUUUUCCAGCGGGGACAUAAUAAAUGAUGUCAUCUUUACUGGUUCCCUUACCAUCAGAGGCAACCUCAUGGUGUCUGGCUUGGUGGAUGGUGUAGAUCUGGCACACUUGUUCACCACCAGGAUGACACUCGAUCAAAACCAAACUUUCUAUGGCAACUGGAGAUUUGAAGCCAUCAGAGUUGAAGGUGACUUGGAGGUGGAACAGAUUAAUGAUGUGGUUGUGUCGAACCUGGUGGUGAAGUAUGGCAGGGCAUCACAGGAGAUAACUGGUCACAAGAUCCUAACAGGUGGUCUUCACGUCUUGGGGAAAAUACAGACAGUACUAUUGAAUGGUCUGGACAUCCUACAGAUUAAUAAUACCAUAGUGAGGAAGGAUAAAGAUGCGACCAUUGCUGGAGUAGUGACAUUUGAGUAUGUGGUAAGGGCAAGAAAGUCGGUGGUGGUGGUCCACACAGUUAAUGGUUUUGACUUGUCAGAACUGAAUUACAAUUUGUCACCACUAAAGAGAAUCAUAGAUGAACAAUAUCAGCGUAUUGAUAGAUUACGUUCCCUUUUGGCUUCCUUCAGAGUGACCAACCUUCCCACUGAAAGAAUAUUUGAACUGGCUUACCUUGAGAAACUGGAAUUCAUUAUACUGCCACAUGCUGGCCAUCUGUGGUUUGGAGUGAACCAUAACCUCGAGUCACUCGGCUAUCUUAGUGUCAGAAGUCGUGGCGGUCCCUGCCUCUGUUGUACUCCUGCAACUUCCUUUUUCCAGGUUAACGAAGAUGCUGGGAUAGCUGGUGAGCCUACCUUGCACUCCUCUGGUGCAGUUUUCAUACUCCACCAUACUACAGAGAAGCUUCAGAUAACUUUGAACAGAAGGUGUACAGAUGGAAUCCCAACCUUCAUCACAGUUGACACUACUACAAAGCCCCAAAUGAAUAUCAUCACAGCCACUGUAAACAUAGGUGUAGUGACUGAUGCUGGAAUGUUUGUUGAUAAUGGAAUUGCAUACAUUGUAACUGUGGCUGGCCUUGACCAUGCCUCAAAUGUGGUGGGAACAACAAUUAUACACACAAUAAUGGUUGACCUGACCCUACGACAAGUGGUCGUUGCCUGGUCUAAGGAAACCCACUCCAGUGCUUCCAAAUUAGAUUUGACUUUGAUAAAGGGAAUGUGGUACUUGUUGGUUGCAAACGAGUUCCGAAGUGACAAUGUGGUGGAUCCAUAUAGAGCUACUUCUGAACUCUACGUGUGGAAGAGUGGUAAAAGGGAGUUCCAACUAAAGGGAGAGUACCUCGCUGAUUAUGUUACGACUGGAAUUUUCAUCAAAUCUCCUCUACCUGUUGAAGAGAACUUCAUUUCUUUGGCACAGCUUAAGGCAGCAGACUUCCCAGUACUUGAAGAUAAUCUCAAAUAUACCACAAAAGUAUUGAUAUUCCGAUACAAUGAAGAGACUGAGAACUUCGAGGAGUUUGAAUGUCUUCCAUCCUUUGGUGUGGUGGACCAAGUGACCUUCAUAGUAGACUGCACACUCUACUUGUUGCUGCUCUCAGAAAAGGGAACUUUACAUGUGUAUAAAUAUCACCAUCCAGAGGGCUUCAGACUGUACCAGACCAUAUUAAUUAAAGAUGCCUAUGCACUUGCUAUUGUGAAGAUACACAGUGGCACCUACGUAGUGGUAUCCAUCUGGUACCCACCAGGAGUGUUGGUUCUGAGGGCCAAGAUAAAGGGUAUCAAGCCAUACAGCCUGCUGGAAUAGCCAUAACAUGUCUCUAUUUUAAAUUAAUGUACUGCAGUUUAAACAAUAUAUUUAUGAUUCAAGA